ACAAAAUCUUGAAAGCAGGGCCGGGACAAGUGGCUAAGGGUAUUUCCUUGGAACUACACUAAAAAUGGCAAACAUUUUACUGUGAAGAGCCUAUCGGCAGCAAUUUUAGCAUGUGUUGGAUUGAUUUCUACAAGAAUAAACCAUCUUCUUCAAGGUUGUUUGGAAUGGGUUGGAAGGCAGCACAAAAACUCGUACAUCACUGGAAGAUCCUGAGAGGCGACAAUGUUAUGAUUUUACGGGGAAAGGACAAAUGAGAGACUGGUAUAAUUAAGCGUGUUAUACUCACUCAAAAUCGUGUUAUUGUUGAGGGCAAGAAUUUGGUGAAGAAGCACAUCAAGCAAGGGCAACGUCAAGGUCAGGGGGGGGGGGGGGGGGUUAUGGUGGAAGCCCCACUGCACGUCUCAAAUGUCCAGGUUUUAGAUCCAGUCACGGGUAAACCCUGUAAGGUUGAAUACAGAUAUUUGGAAGAUGGUACCAAAGUAAGAGUUUCUAGAGGUAUUGGAGCCUUAGGAUCUACGAUUCCUCGCUCAGAAAUCUUGAAGAUUAGGACCACGCUAAGACCAACAGUUGUUGGUCCAAAGGAUACUCCGUUGAAUUUAAUAUCGGACAAGACAUAUGACUCUAAAACUGGAAUGGGAAUGCCAGAUCUGUAAGAACCCAUCUUAUUGUUUUUCAUGGAGUUACACAGUCCUUUCAGAUGAUGAAAGACAGAAGGAAAAUGAAAGCUCAGGGAUCUGUUGUUUACAAGUUACUUAGUAUCUGAUUCCUUUUUUCACUCGUGGGAGCAAUGUUUUAAAAACCGACCCAGGCAUUGACCCUGAAAAUGAAGAGAGUUGAGGUUUAAAGGGUCGAAUCGGGAUUGAACCGUUAUCAAACCGGAUGAUAAAUUAAAUAAAUAAAUAUACAAAUAAACUAUA